CGGGCUGCUCAUCAUUGUGCAGGGCUGCCAUUUUACCAAGCUUACGCACAAGUGAAUAAUGGGGAUCAAAGAUGUCCAGCUCACGUCACAUUCACAUCAUGCAAACAUUCUGGCUUCUCUGUAUCAGCUGAAGCUGCAAAGACAAUUAUGUGACAUCACAGUGCAGGUGGACAACCAGGGAGAUGUGGAGGAGUUUCAGGUCCAUCAGUUGAUACUUGCCGCUUCUAGUGGCUACUUCAAGAGGAUGAUUCUGUCUCAGGAUGUAACCCAAGAUAAAUUAUUACUGUCAAAUAUGCAUUCCAAUGUGUUUGCAAAAUUUUUGGAUUUUGCAUACACUGGUAAAGUUGAGGUUCCCAGAGUCCAAAUUGCUGAUGUUCAAGCGAUGGCACAAUUUUUGGACUGUGAGGAUCUGACGAAGGUUUGCGAUGAAGCCUUGAGCGCUGCGAUUCCGAAAAAGCCCAUGAGAAAAGGAUCAGCAUCAAAAAUUGAAAUACUGCCCGAAUUAAACAGCGCUGAAAAAAUAGACAAGACCAAAGGAAAGACUAAACGCUUGUCUCUUAAGAGAAAACUCUCUCCACAGAGCUCUGAGAAAGAAGUCACGAAAAAAAGAUGUAAACCAAAAAGCGCACUAAUGAGUCCAAAAAGACGAAGCAGGAAGCUUAAACUGAGGGUGGCCGGCCGUAAAGUGCUUCAGAAGAGCUGGUUUUCUCCAAAACGGACUCUGCCCGUUGAAAACCAAGAUGGAAACGUCAUCUCAGUGGAGAGUGAGGACAGGGCUGAGACUGAAUCUCAGCCAGAGAAUGAGGUUCCACUGGAGAAGCCUGCUUCGGAUGUGGAUGAUUGGGAAUGUGAGGACGAGGGGCAGAGUAAUGACCCGCAAGACCCUUCGUUUUUACCGGAAGAGGAGGAGGAGGAGGAGGAAGAGGAAGGGCAGACGGAGGAAGGAGAGUCCAAGGAGAAGUUCAAAAGAUCUUCCAAGGCUCAGUUCCAGUGCGAUAAGUGCCAGAGGACUUUCCACUAUGAGAAAAGCUACUUGAAGCACAUCAGUACGUACCAUGGAGUGCAAGCAGAUAUGGUCUAUCGCUGUGAGACUUGCAUGCAGACGUUUGCAAACCGCAGCAACCUGAAGAUCCACGAGAAGCAUGUUCACAGUAAUGAGAGGCUCUUUGCCUGUGACUCCUGCUCAAAGACCUUUAAGCGAAAGAAGGACGUCGUCCGCCAUCAAAGACAGGUUCACGAACGAAAUCUUCAACACGUUUGCCCUGAUUGUGGAAAGUCCCUGAGCUCCAAGGCUGCCUUGAUGUUGCACGAGAGGACACACACGGGCGCGAAGCCCUACCAAUGCACGGACUGUGGUUCCAGGUUUACGCAGAACUCUGCCCUCAAGAUGCACCGCAGGACUCACACAGGAGAGAAGCCAUUCGCAUGUGAUGAAUGUGAUUCUCGGUUCACUCAGAAGCACAUGUUGGCCUAUCACAAGAGGUCGCACACAGGAGAAAAACCCUUCAUGUGUGAGGCCUGUGGGAAAAGCUUUGCCUCUAAAGAAUAUCUGAAACACCACUCCAACAUCCACACGGGGUCUAAGCCAUACAAGUGUGACCAGUGUGGGAGAGGUUUCGCCCAGAGGAACUCCCUCAACCAGCAUACAAAGAUCCAUACAGGUGAGCGCCCGUACUGCUGUAAAGACUGCGAUAAGCAGUUCACUCAGCUCAACGCUCUGCAAAGGCACCAGCGUAUUCACACAGGAGAGAAGCCCUUCAUGUGCGGCCUCUGUAAACGCACCUUUACAGAUAAAUCCACGCUUCGCCGGCACACUAUGAUUCACGACUCGGAUGCCCCGUGGAAGACCUACCUGGUGGUGCUGGAGGGAAACGUGGAGGAAAAGAAACCCAGGACUCCCACCAAAGAAAAGACUGAAAAAGCAGUGGCCGGGGAGAAAAGGAACAAAGCUGGCAAAAGCCCCAGUGCUGCCGGUGCGGCUCCGAGCAUUUCCAUCUCCGGCCCUAGUUCUGUUAGCGAUCAUAGUCACACUGACUCCAUUGUGGUUUCUACUGAACCAGUCACUCUCCCGUCCGACUGGGCCAGUCACGGAGCCAUUGCGUUGGUGAGCCACGGCGAGCUUGGCGGCAUCACGGUCAUCCACACGGAGGUUCCAGCUGGGGCGCAGCUUCAGCCCUUAGUCGCCACGAACGGCACAGGAACGAGUGUCAUCUCCUUAGAUGGUUCAGCCAUUCCCUUCUCCAUACCAGUGUCCAUGACUCACUCUGUCCCCCUGUCCUCUGCAGCCCCGUCCACCUCUCUGUCCGUAUCCACCCUCUCAAUUCCGGUUUCUUCUGCCUUGUUAGCGUCGGUCUCGGGCAUCCCAGCCGUCGCCACGGCGUCUGUGCUGGAAUCAGCUGCUUCACAGACUAUUCUGGCGAUUGCCUCCGAGGACAAGGUCACUUCCGAGAUGGAUGCGUUACCGACUGAUAUACGAACUGUCAUUGUUGAUGAUAACAUUUGUGAAAAGGAACAAACGGCUCUUGUCCAAAGUGAAGAACAACAGGGGACAGCGGAUGGCCCUUAGCCGACCUGGAGAAGGCCCCACACCGAGAUGCUGAGUGGUUGGUUGUUUAAAAUGAAGACAUUAAUAUGAAAUAUAGAGCUUAAUAUGUUGUAAUGUAUGGAGGAUUUUUUGUGCCAAAAUUAAAUAAAUAAAUGCAUCAUUAAUUAAUUAAAAUGGGAAUUAAAUAUAUCAUUAAUUAAUUAAAUGUGUCAUUAAUUAAUUAAAAUUAGAAUUAAAUAAGUCAUUA